CCACCGCUGCAACCAGGUGGCUGGAGUCGGGACGCUGGAAAGCGACUCGGAGGAGAGGGUACUCGCAGACGGCGGCCGCCGCCACAGCGAAUCGCGGGGAGUAGCAACCAAAGACGGCGGCCGCCGCACCAGCCAUCGCGUGUGGAGGAUAAACGGCCGGCACGGCCAUCGCGGCGACCAAUCCAGGGAAAGAGUUAGCGAAGGCCAGGGCUUUAGUCGUAGCGAAGACAGGGAAAGAAUCCGUGAAGGCAGCGACCACCGCUGCAGGGUACCGACGGGAAGAGCAAGUGAAGAUGUCGGCUUCUCCCGCAAUGCCUCGAGAAGGGUCAGUGAAGACCUGGGCCACCGUCGCAGUGUCUCUCAGGAGAGAGUCAGGGGAGACGGUGGCCACCGUCCCAGCAACUCUUGGGAGAGAGUAAGGGGAGACUGCAGCAGCGACGUGAGUUUAAGUGAAGUCGGAAGCCACCCCACUAGUGACUCCGGGGGAACGGUCAGAGGAGACCGCGGCCUCCGUCUCGGUGGGACUUGGGAGGGAGUCAGGGAGGUCCGGGGUCCCCGAACCAGCGACUCCGGGGAGAGAGGCAGUGACGACCACAGCCGCCGCCUCAGUGACUCUUGGGAGGGCGGAAGUGUGGAUGGCGGCCGCAGCCUCAGCGGUUCCUGGGAGGAGGGGGUGAGUGAAGACCGCGGCUACGUGGCCAGCGACUCCUCCGUGGUGAGCGUCAGCGAAGACGCCAGCCGCCGCCGCCGCCGCUUCUGGGAGAGAGAAAGCGAAGACGAAGGUUCCCGCUGCCGGGGCUUCUGGGAGAGAACGACGGAGGACGGCGUCCCCGGGCCCAGCGACGACGAGAAAGACAGCCGCUGCUCCACUGGCUCGUGGGUGACAGCGAGCGAAGACCGCCGCAGCAGCAGGGGCCUGGACUCGACUCCUCCCCGGAGUCCGACGGGUCGCACCAUGCCCGGGGUGUCCGGUUCAGGCCCCUCCACCUCCUCCACGGAGACUGCGACCCCGUUAGGUGCCAGGAAGAAAGUGCAUUUUGGUAGCAUACAUGAUGCAGUACGUGCUGGAGAUGUAAAGCAGCUUUCAGAAAUAGUAGAACGUGGUGCCAGCAUUAAUGAAGUUGACGUUCUCCAUAAAUUUACCCCUUUACAUUGGACAGCACAUUCUGGCAGUUUGGAGUGUCUUCAUUGGCUCCUCUGGCAUGGAGCUGAUCUCUCACAAGUAACCGUGAGAGGUUGGACAGCAGCUCACAUAGCUGCAAUCAGGGGACAGGAUGCUUGCAUGCAGGCUCUUAUAAUUAAUGGAGCCAAUCUGGCAGCUCAAGAUGAUCGUGGAUGCACUCCUUUACACCUUGCUACAACACACGGACAUUCUUUCACUUUACAAAUAAUGCUGCGAAGUGGAGUGGAUCCCAGCGUGACUGAUAAGAGAGAGUGGAAACCUGUGCAUUAUGCAGCUUUUCAUGGGCGGCUUGGCUGUUUGCAACUUCUCAUUAAGUGGGGAUGUAGCAUAGAAGAUGUGGACUACAAUGGAAACCUUCCAGUUCACUUAGCAGCCAUGGAAGGCCACCUUCACUGUUUUAAAUUCCUACUCAGUAGAAUGAGCAGUGCCUCCCAAGCUUUGAAAGCCUUCAAUGAUAAUGGAGAAAAUGUAUUGGACCUAGCCCAGAGGUUCUUUAAGCAGAACAUUUUACAGUUUAUCCAGAGGGCUGAGUAUGAAGGAAAUGAUCCAAAAGAUCAAGAAACUUUAGCAUUUCCAGGUCAUGUGGCUGCCUUUAAGGGUGAUUUGGAAAUGCUUAAGAAAUUAAUAGAAGAUGGAGUAAUCAAUAUUAAUGAACGUGAUAAUAAUGGAUCAACUCUUAUGCAUAAAGCUGCUGGGCAAGGCCACAUAGAGUGUUUGCAGUGGCUAAUUAAAAUGGGAGCAGACAGUAAUAUUACCAACAAAGCAAGGGAGAAACCCAGUGAUGUGGCUAAGAGGUUUGCCCAUUUAGCAGCAGUAAAGCUAUUGGAAGGACUACAGAAAUAUGAUAUAGAUGAUGAGAGUGAAAUUGAUGAAAAUGAUAUUAAGUUUUUCAUAAGACAUGGUGUUGAGGGAAGCACUGAUGCCAAGGAUGAUAUAGGUCUCAGUGAGUCGGAUAAAACAGAUGCCAGAGUGAGAGCUUAUAAGAAAAUUGUAGAAUUGAGACACCUCCUGGAAAUUGCUGAGAGCAACUAUAAACACUUGGGAGGCAUAACAGAAGAAGAUGUAAAGCAGAAGAAAGAACAGCUUGAGUCUGAAAAGACUAUCAAAGAGCUGCAGGGCCACCUGGAGUAUGAACGACUACGCAGAGAAAAAUUAGAAUGUCAGCUGGAUGAGUAUCGAGCAGAGGUGGAUCAACUCAGGGAGAUGCUGGAGAAAACUCAGGUUCCCAACUUUGCGGCUGUGGUUGAUCUGUCCUGCCCAACUGGGCGCAGAGCACUUUUCUGACUAGAAGAAUUAUUCAAAGAUGACUGACAUCUAGUGAGUAUCCACUGUGUUUCUAGUCCUCUCUUACUCCUUCCCAGAGCAUUUAUUAAGAAUCUUCUGUGCUAGGUACUGAGAGUACCACAACGGGUGAGAAAUAUUCAGAAACAGCGUGUGGCAGGGCAAAGUGGAAGAGACAAGAGCAGCUGAAGGAUGUUUUGUGAACAGAGAAGGAAAUACAGGAUCCAGGAAAUGUGAUUCCUAACAGAACGGGGCUUGCAAAGAAUCCAGAGGAUGCCAUGCUAAUGCUUUGUGUUAUUUUGUUUAGUAAUAUGUUGGUCUAAAAUAGAAGCAGAAACAACAAGGUGUUCUGUGUGGGGGAUGUAUGAGGUAAAGGUAGGACUGGAUGAUUUCUCAAGGUGCCUUCCAGUCUGAUGAAUCAGCACAAUAUGAACUGGUGCUUCCGAUGUAAGUAUUUACACAAAAUUCUAAAAGAAAUGUAAACCAGAGUUGAAAAUAUUAUCAUGGUUAAAUUUUUUCUUUUGGAACAGUAACGUAGAAAGACAAAAAUGUGUCUAGCAUAGAAAUCUUAUUUGGCUCUCUUUUCCUUUGUAGGAAGAUGACUCUUCCUGUGAGUCAAGCAAAGAGAAGAGGCGGGUGAAGAAAAAGGUGUCUUCUGGGGGAGUUUUUGUGAAAAGGUACUAAUC